ACGCAAUAAAUAAAACUCCGAAACAGUUCCACGUGCCUUGAGAUUGUCCCAGUAAAUCGGUGAGAAGCUGUUCUCAUCCUUAAAAACAACUGGUUUAAAUAAUCAAGUUGCAGUGCUGCCAUAAGCAAUGGCGUUGGCAUCGAUCUGCAGGUUGUCAAUUGAUUCGACCUUCAGUAGUUUCAGCCAUUUGGGAGCCACCGCCCGCCGCAGUCGCCCGUCCUUAGCAUCUCUCGUUAAGAAUUUUGCAGUAUCAGCUGAAAAAAUGCCCCUGCCACGUGUUUUCUUCGACAUGACCGCCGACAAUCAGCCGGUGGGACGAAUCAUCAUGGAGCUGAGGUCUGACGUCACCCCGAAGACGGCUGAGAACUUCCGUAUCCUGUGCACAGGAGAGAAGGGAUUCGGCUACAGGAACAGUAGCUUCCACAGAGUGAUUCCCAACUUCAUGUGCCAGGGUGGUGACUUUACGAAUCACAAUGGCACCGGUGGCAAGUCAAUCUACGGUACAAAAUUCGAGGACGAGAACUUCCAGCUGAAGCACACCGAGCCCGGUCUAUUGUCGAUGGCCAAUGCUGGUCCUGAUACCAAUGGGAGCCAGUUCUUCAUCACAUGUGCGAAGACCAGCUGGCUGGAUGGCAAGCACGUCGUCUUCGGGAAGGUCAUCGAGGGGAUGGAUGUCGUGAGAAAGCUCGAAGCUCUUGGUUGCCAGAGUGGCAAGACUUCGAAGAAGAUCGUGGUUGCUGACUGCGGUCAAUUAUAAAUCACCGACAAAACCCAGCACCAUCUACAUUAGCCGUUGAGUAUCCUCUUCCCUCUACGUCUCACCAGUAAAAAAAACAACUCAGUUUAAAUAAAUGAAUAAAAACAAUCAAUAAAGAACGAAUAAAGAAGUAAAAUCAUUCAACGUACGAUUAUCUACAAAAACUACCAAUUGCUUCCGGUUCGUGUACCCCACAGGGGUCACUGGAUUCUACUCCAGACACCACAAAACGCAGCAGAAGAUUUAAAACGAAUGAUUAAUCUCAAUGAGAUAAUUCAUAAACAUAAUUACGAAUUUAAAAAAUCGAACUGUCGUUUGCUUCUAUCACGUGUUUGAUAUAUAUUUUCUAAUUGUUUCAAUAAAAUUAAUUUCCACGUGGUGAAUUGUUCCGGCAAUAAUUCAGAAUUUCACCAUUUAUCUGUCGAAUGGUCAAUAUCUUUCUUUUUUUCAAAAUAAUUACUGCUUUAAGUUUGAUAAAAACUUUUUGUCUCUUCCAUUGAAUUUGCGUCUCCUAAGUGAAUUUCGUACCUUCAACUUCGAUUGAAAAAUGGUUACACUCUUCCAAGGCAAAAUAUUGUAAAGAAAUAAGACAAAAAAAAA